GGCCAAGUCAGUUGGCAUCUCGCCGCCCCGAGCAAAAUGAUGCUUUCGUUUUCGAGCGCGAUCCCGCGAUCAAGCAUCUCAGUCAGCGAUGCCUAGUUAACAGUGUCCUUGUGUGACACCAACUUAAAAAUUAUGUACUUCAAAGUUACAUCCUACUUUUGCUUAACGCAAACCAGACUGUGUGAACGUGUAUCGAUUUUUUGAAUCUGCAAGUGAAUGGAGAACUUUUGCCAAGUUUAGUUUAUGAAAUAGAAAUUGAACAGAGCGGAACAAGAGGGUGAGCGAAAGUGUUUGAUCUUAGGUGAGACGAUGUUCGUGCGUUGACGUGACUAAAGAUAUAAGUACAUUUCAAGGGGGAAAUGUUAAAAGAUUAAGAAGAAACAUCUCCCGCAAAAAGUGAAGAACUCAUAAAUGAAAUAGUAUUGAUUAUCAUGCCGAUGAGGGAAGGUGUGAGAAAAGAAGAAACAUGUUAGACGCGACGGAUGCGGAGCAAAGCGCCAACAACGGCGUGAUAGUGUCGCAGCUUGCAAGUUCUCAUACGCCACAGGAUUUCACGGUCUCGCGCCUGCUGUCCACGUCCACGCAAUCCUUGGAUUGCAGCGAAACCUCCUCCACUACUGGAAACAGAAGACCCAGGAGGAGCAGGACGACCUUCUCGGCGCAACAGUUGGCCGCGUUGGAGAGAGUGUUUGAGAAGACGCACUAUCCGGAUGCCUUUGUUCGCGAGGAACUGGCGACCAGGGUGUCUCUGUCGGAGGCUAGAGUGCAGGUGUGGUUCCAAAACAGGCGAGCAAAAUUCCGGCGGAACGAACGGAGCUCGGCGAUGAACCGCGGCGUCUCCGCGGGCAGAGAAAUGGAAGCCGCGUUACCGCUGCGUCCCAUCAGAGUGUCGCAUUCCUCGCAGCACAAUGUGGAGAACAAUACGGAAUCGCAGAACGCAACCACUCAGGUAACAGCCCAGUAUUCUUACGGCGAUUAUUGGAGAACAACACCGCAACAUUACGCGAUGCAGACCGCCAGUUGUCAUGGCUUCGCCGCGAAUAGCGGCCUGACGAACGUGAGUCUGCCACCGUACCAUCAUCAUCACCAUCAUCAUCAUCACCAGGCCGACAUCCAUCACGGACCCCUCGACGGAUCCACCGUGAACAGCCUAAACGCUCUAAGACUGCGAGCACAUCCCUACGGCUCGACGUAUCCGGCGAUGCACGCGAGUAUGUGAUAUCGUUUGCAGAUAUCGAAUCUGCAGAAUGGGAAUGUGUAGUACAUUUUUAUUGCAUUUCACACAAUCUCAAUCUGGAGACGCGAUGUGAGGAACCAUUCAUCCCAGAUGUUGUCGAAACCAAAGAUAAAAUUUGACUGUCAAAAAUAAAUUUAAAAUCGCGACCUGAGAUGUUGGGAAUCCAAGAAUGCUAACGUUUCGCACAGUAUCGGAUAUCCUAGGAUUUUAUGUGCAAGGGUGAUAAUGCAAAUGUUCUGCAGAUUAUCGCUAUAAAAUUGUCGUAUGCCUUAAUCAUUAAAUAAUGAUUAGAUUAAGUCUAAACUGUAAGUUUUGAACACACAGGGUAACGAAUAAAUAAGUCAUAUCUUUCCCGUCGAUAGAAUAGCAUAUUAAUUUACGAGAAAGUAUAUAUUGAUAUCAUAAUUAAGUAAAUACAGUAAAAAUAAAUACAGUAGAACGUUAUUCUACACAAAGUUACGGCCUUAUUAGAUAUGUAGACGGUAUAGACACUGUCGUGCAAUAAAAACAUUGAGAUUGGAGAACGU